ACACGCCCAUUGCGCAGCAUUGCUCCUAAAAAUGCGUCAGCGUCGAUGAGUCCAUUCGAAUAGAGCGAAAGCACGAGGCAAAAAACGAGAGGGAAAAAUGUGCAGACUACUAUGGCAUCUGAUGGUGAGGCGAUACGGCGCUCUGACCAGCGAGCUGAGACGAACGAGGCGCUCGAUUGGCGGCUACGACGCUGGCGGCAAUUCGUCAACGGUGACCGACGAGUCGGCGCAACAGGUUCGCAACUGGACCGUCGGCGCAAUGGACGCGGCCAGCUUCGACGAUGAGCUCGACGAAGCCUGCAUGUCGUUCUUCUUCUUGCUCGACUUCUCGCACCAGUUCUACAUACCGUUCAUCAUACUCCUCGGUCUGAUCGGUAACAUGCUGUCCUGCUUCGUGUUUCUGACCAGCCAUCUCAAGAUGCGCAGCUCCAGCUACUACCUGGCCGCUUUGGCGACGGCGGACUUCAGCUUCCUGUUCUCGCUGCUACUCGUCUGGCUGAACAACAACCUCGGCUGGCGAGUAUUCAACGAGGACGGCUGGUGCGAGAGCGUCGUCUACGUGAGUUCGGUCUGCAGCAGUUUGAGCGUCUGGCUGAUCGUGGCCUUCACCACGGAGCGUUUUAUCGCCGUGCAGUAUCCGCUGCAUCGGCCGGGCCUGUGCACUACGGCGCGCGCGAAAACUAUUGUGACAGUGCUGGUGGUGUUGGCACUGGCGAGCCACUCGUAUUGCUUCGUGACGGCCGGUGUGGUGAUGCAGCCGGACGGUAUCGAGCUGUGCGACAUGAAGUACGAUUAUCUGGAGACAAUGCGCAUCGUCAGCAUUGUCGACAGCGUGGCUAGUCUCAUGGCACCGCUCGUCAUGAUCAUCACCAUGAACAGCAUGAUCAUGAGGAAUUUGUUCAACUUUAGUCAGAGAUUUGGUGAGACGCCGAAUCUGGGUUUCAGCGAGACUAGAUGCCCAAGCCGCGAACGCUCUGGGAUUAAUCUUAAUCCGGUACCGAGCGCAAGUAGCAGUAACAGUAAGAAUGGUAUUGCUGGUCGACGACAACCAUCGCAGCAGUCAUUUCAGUCGUCAAACAACAGCUCGUCAAACAAUUCUCGUUCGGGUGGUUCUCGGCCAACUCCGGCGAUUACUACACCCUCUACUAUCAUUCCACUUUCGAUUCCUACGAGUGCAUACAAGAUGACCGACAACUCAUCUCGUAGCUCAGACAUGAGGUCAUCGUCAAGAUUUGCAAGCUCUUUGCAUAAUCAGCAUAGCAUUACUAAAUUGCUACUUCUUAUCAGCACUGUUUUCGUCCUACUAAAUUUACCCAGCUACGUAAUUCGUCUGUGUGUCUUCUUCUUCACUCUAACAGGCCAGGACACCCCAGCGUUAUUGUGGUGUUUGCAGCAGUUCUUUAUGCUGCUAUAUUAUACGAAUUUUAGUGUUAAUUUUCUACUGUACGCUAUGUGCGGUAUCACGUUCCGCCGUUGUCUCGAGCAAGUGUUACGCAAAAUGCUCAAGAGAGUCAGUAAGAAUCUCUGCAACCCUCAGAAUUUCGUAUAGCGAGUACUUAGGCGAGCGAGACCAAAUGUCCAUAGCCCGCCUGAGACUAUCGUUAUGGUUGAUCUUGAACACCAUUAAGAAUUCGACUGAUGUAUAUUGUACAUUUUUUUCUUGUUAGAUUGUCAAUAAGA